AGCCGAGCCCGCCAUGGCCAUCGCGCACAUCGCCACCGAGUACGUGUUCUCCGAUUUCCUGCUGAAGGAGCCGCCGGAGACGCGCUACAAGGGGCUGCGGCUGGAGCUGGCGCUCGACAAGAUGAUGGUCACCUGCAUCGCCGUGGGGCUGCCGCUGCUCCUCAUCUCGCUGGCCUUCGCGCAGGAGGUGUCCAUCGGUGCUCAGAUAAGCUGUUUUGCACCCAGCUCUUUCUCCUGGCGACAAGCUGCUUAUGUGGACUCCUACUGCUGGGCAGCUGUGCAGCAGAAGCAACCAUCCCACAACAACUUAGAAAACAUACCCCUGUGGCUGCAUAAAUUCUUCCCAUACAUCCUUCUGCUUGUUGCUAUCCUGCUGUAUCUGCCAUGUUUGUUCUGGCGCUUCACUGCAGCACCUCACCUUUCCUCAGACCUGAAAUUUAUCAUGGAAGAACUUGACAAAGCCUAUAACAGGGCAAUCAAAGCUGCUAAUAGCAUUCGAAGUGGAGACACCAAGGACCCUACUGACUUAAUUCCAGCUGCUAAUGAGAACUUGACACAGAGUCUGUGGGAAAUAUCUGAAAGCUACUUUAAAUACCCAAUUGUGGAGCAGUACCUGAAGACAAAAAAGAAUUCCAAGUGCUUAAUAAUUAAAUACAUUAUAUGCCGUUUGCUCACACUAGUAAUUAUUUUCAUUGCAUGCCUCUAUCUGGGCUACUACAUUAGUCUCUCCUCUUUGAGUGAUGAGUUUCUCUGCACUAUCAAAACUGGGAUCCUAAAGAAUGACACAACUGUUCCAGAAGUGGUUCAGUGCAAGCUUAUUGCUGUUGGUGUCUUCAAGGUACUCAGCUAUAUUAACUUGAUAGUCUAUCUGCUGGUGAUGCCUCUGGUAGUGUAUGCAAUGUUUGUUCCAUGGAGGUGGAAUUCAGGUAUUCUCAAAGUGUAUGAAAUCUUGCCAACUUUUGAUGUUCUGAAACUUAAGUCAAAUCAUUUUGAUGACUUAAGCCUUUACCUCCUCUUUCUUGAGGAAAACGUGAGUGAACUUAAAUCAUUUAAAUGCCUCAAAGUGCUGGAGAACAUUGCAGUUUCUGAGAAGUUUGAUGUCAUGCAGCUUUUGGUAAACCUUGGUACUAUUAAGACUGAUACCAUAGAUGGGAAGCCUGGGACUGCUGAGUUGGAGAAGCCUGAAGAAACAACUACAGAAGGGCUGGAAAAAGAUACUACAGAGUUACAAGUUCUGGCAGACCGGGAUGCAGGUGCCAGUGUGAAUACGAGGGAAGACAAGAGGCUUCGCCAGAGACUUAUAGAUUCUUCAUGCUGAUACUUCCUGCAGGAGCCAGGAGCCUGUUCUGUGGGAAGGCUCCUCCUCUGCCUCCACUGCGCUCAGCGCAAGGUGCUGCUCUUCAAAUGCAACGUUCUCAAUCCCCUGACAGUCCCCAGAGGCCAAACUGGUUUACAGACUAUUUGUUAUAUUAUGAUCAGGAGUCACGUGCCUGAAAAAUCAUGUUGUACACUUCCGUUACUUAUUCAAAAAAUCAAACCACACACAAGGAGGAACAGAACAAUUCUGUCAUGAGUAACGAGUGAUGUGCAUUGAAUGCAGCUGAAGCUGGCAGCUGGACAGAGAUUGCUCCAUGCUGGACAGAGAUAGGAAAUAUAACCCUGCAGGUAGCAAAAAGAUUUGGCCACAUUGCAUUCUGAAAUGUUGCUCUGCAGCAGUGGCCAUCCCAGUCCUGAGGUUUAAGUGCGGUAACCUGUUCUCUGACCUGGAAAAGAGGGGCUGGGGAUGGGGUUUUAUAAUGAAUCUGGUUAAUCUGUCCUGGAUGGUGACUGCCACUGAUACUGGCUAUGUCUUCAUGG